GGGUGAGUUUGCAAAGAACAUAAUCAAAAGCUGAGCGUCAGCAGCGACGCCAUGAACUAUUUUGCAGUCGCAAUCUCAUUGUUUUUCAUACAGUGAAUGAGAUAUAAAGGUUUCUCUGGAGGAGAGCAGAAAAAAAAAUAAGGAGGCGAGGCUUCUUUUGGUGCUGGCCACUGCUGCGAUUCUAUUCGUUAUCCGGCAUAACAUAUGCUGAGGUCACAUCGUCAACCUCCUUCGCAUCUCCUUUGAUGAAACCAGACACUUGAACAACAGCCGAUAAUAGAAGAAACAGAGGAUAUAAAAAGGAUCAAAUCAACAUGGCCAUAUCCAUCAGCUCACCCCCCAAGGUCGACGAUGUCAUCGUCACGGCGCCGCGCUCGCACAUCCUGCUCGUCACCAUCAACCGCCCCAAGCAGCUCAACUGCAUCCGCAACGACAUGCACUUCCAGCUCGAGGGCCUCUGGAAGUGGUACGACGCCGAGCCGUCGCUGCGGUGCGCCAUCAUCACCGGCAUGGGCCGGGCGUUCUGCGCCGGCGCCGACCUCAAGGAGUGGAACGACCGCAACGCCCACCCGGAGGAGGCGACCAAGAAGACGCCGGCGAGCGGCUUCGGCGGGCUGAGCAACCGCCGCGGCAAGAAGCCCAUCAUCGCGGCCGUCAACGGCCUGUGCCUGGGCGGCGGCAUGGAGAUGAUCCUCAACACCGACAUGGUCAUCGCCACCGUCGACGCCCGCUUCGCGCUGCCCGAGGCUGCCCGCGGCGUGGUGCCGAUCCAGGGGGCGCUGCCGCGGCUGAUUCGCUCCGUGGGCAUGCAGCGCGCGUCCGAGAUGGCGCUGCUGGGCCGCAUCUACAAGGCCGACGAGAUGCUGCGGUGGGGGCUGGUCAACCAUGUGCUUGUGCGCGGCGGCGACGUCGUGGGCGAGGCCCUGCAAUGGGCCAUUGAGCUGGCCAACAACUCGCCCGACUCGGUCAUUGUGGCCCGCGAGGGCCUGCAGGCCGGCUGGGAGGCCGAGAACCCCAAGCAGAGCACCGACCGCAUCCUGGCAGACGUCUAUCCGCAGAUGGACGGCGGAGACAACAUGACGGAGGGCUUGCGCGCCUUUGUCGAGAAGAGGAAGCCGAUCUGGAAGGACAGCAAGCUGUGAUCAAGAUGUCAUGGUGUCUCUUCUGCCCGUCAAGCGGGAAAUUGUGUGGUGGAGUGUCUCAGUCUCUGCGUCUUGGUGAUGCAAUACAAGUACAUGCGAGUAGGUUGGAGAUGGCAGCAGACAGUAUGCUCCGUAUUUCGAAAUGUACAUAUGACUCGUGUAGUGCCGGCGUGUUAGUAUAGCAAAGCUCUGUUUUGUGCUGCAAAUCUCUCAUCCAUGUAGCUGUCCAUUGGCAA